GCUCAGGGUCGUCAUUUCUGCUAUGUGCGACCAAAUACCGAUGGUGACGAUGAUGCUCCAGCUAUCAUGGACGCACUCAACAACAAAUGCAAUUCCAAGAGUCUUGUCAUAUUCCCUGGCCCUGUGUACAAUAUUCAGACAAAUAUGACCACUUUGGAUCUUCAGGACGUUGUCAUCUAUCAAUUUGGCCGCAUGCUCUGGAGUACGGACAUCAAUUAUUGGCUAUCAGUAUCUAUGCCCGUUGGCUUCCAAAACCAGAGUACUGUCUGGUACUUUGGAGGUAAUAAUGUGAUUUGGGAUGGCUGGGGCGUCGGUACUCUCGAUGGCAACGGCCAAGUCUGGUACGACUGGGCCAAGAGCCAGGGAAAUUUGGCUCACAGGCCAAUGAACAUCAACUUCCGCACACUCACAAACUCUGUCAUCAGAAGAUUACGAUUUGUACAGAGUCAGAUGUGGACAAUGGCUAUCACCUACUCCAAGCACUGGAGCACUCUCAAUACUGAUGGUUGCGAUACCAUCUUUUCUGAUAGCAUAACAUUUCGGAGAUGGAUAGUCUCCAAUGGCGACGAUGCCAUCGCCCUGAAGAUGAACUCGAGCAAUAUUGCUGUUUAUGACAGCUAUUUCGAGAAUGGACAGGGCAUAGCUAUCGGCUCUAUGGGGCAAUACAACGGAAAAUAUGAGUAUUUGGAGAAUUUUUAUGCCAAAAACAUCACACUCAAAAAUACCGCUCAUGUUUCCUAUCUGAAGACAUGGGCUGGAAUCUCGCGAGGCUAUCCUCCAAACGGAGGCGGCGGCGGAUACGGUGUCGCUCGAAACAUCACAAUUGAAGAUGUUAAGCUGAUUGGCGGACGGCAGCAGCCAUUUUUCGCUUGGCAAUGCGAGAACUACUCUGGAUUUGCCGGCCAGGACUGUGAUUCUUCCUUAUUCAAGAUGGAGGACGUUGCGUGGAGGCGCGUCAGCGGAACAGUGCAAUCUGGAGUGACCGAGGCGGCGUAUUUCCAAUGCAGCGCCGCAGCCGGUGGCUGUGACAACUUCGAAGUGACAGAUUUUGACGUUACUCAUGCAGGCUCUGACGAGUUGUUGGCUAUCUGGGACUGCUUCAACGUUAAUGGGCCCCAAGGAUUUGCAUGCACC